CAUCAAGGUAUCCUCAACAACCGACCCGCAAGGUGCCACGCCGUCGAAGUAGCAUCGGAGCUGCAGAGACAGACUGAGAUUGAGUUUGUGACCCUGUUGGCCUGCAGGCGAAAGCCCACGAGAAGCACGCACUUUCGACUCCACCAAGCAUGGGCUGGUUUUGGGAUAGCAAAGGUGACGAUCCGACAAAUGACCCUUACAAGAAGCUCGAUCCGACACUCCGAGAGUUCCUCGACAAGGAGUCGCCGCUAAAGUACGAAGACACGAAGCCAAAACCGAAAGCGAGACAACCCCCUCCACCAUCACCCGAUGGGGCUCCGAACACUUUUCGAUCACAACUAGGUCUCGAUACACCAGGACUGGACCAACAAAAUCAGGACACCGUACAGAGUCAUGACCGGCCCGAGGUGCCAGCAGAGUCGCUGUUUCAAGAUGGGCGGUAUGCACAUUUGUGGAAGAACUAUCGGCCGCAAUCAGAGGUGGAGGCGGGAGGAAAGACAGAUCAGGAUCGCCUGGCGAGUGUAAUUGAAGCAUACAAUGAUCGCAAGGCGGCGAUUGGGAGAGCAGCAUUGGAGAAUUGCGUGGAAUAUCAACUGGCGGAAAAGGACUGCUUCUCAAAUGGUGGCUGGGCGAAAAAGAUGACCAUGUGUCGGGACGAAAGUAAAGCGUUCAACAGAUGCUACACAAUGCAGAGUCGCUUCUUGAAGGCUCUGGGAUACCUCGCAUCACAACGGACAGAGGAGGAGGACGAGCGGAUACAAAUGCAUGCCGACAAGCUGUAUGGCGAGAUGCUGCAUCGGGAGCAAGUGCAGCAGGAAGCAAAGGAGGCUGGACAGGAAGUGCCAGACCUACCACCGCUCAUACAAGCUGAGAGCACGACGAAGGCACUAGGGCAAAAUAGUGCCUGGGCACGAGCACGACAGACGGCGCUGGAGAAAGGUCUCCCGACAAACCUUAGCGCAUUCUCCCCAGAGAAGCAAGCACAGAUCAAGGAGCGUAUCAAAGGCCUUUCGAAAGAGGAGCAGGAGUUGGAACUGCAGUUGAUUGCGGGCGAGAGCAGGGCUCAGUUCGAGUACGCGGACAAAAUCGCGCAGCAGCUUGAGGAGGAGAAAGCACAUCGCGCAGAUCGAAGAGAGCGCGGAAAGGAGACGAUUGGAGAUACAAUCAAGAGGCUAUGGGGCUGGGACAAGUGA